CGCACUUGGGACAUCCGUACAUCUCUCGUUGAUGCCUUCGCUGCUUUUAUACUUCUCUCGUAUGUAAAGAUUAUCCGCGUGUCUCUUCUUCUUUCGACCCAUAACACUGUGCAUGACAUGAAUGGAAAAGUACUGAGGAGUGUCUUACACUAUGAUCCCAUCAUCAUCUAUGCAAGUCCCGUACACAUGCCAUUCCUAAUUCUUGGAAUUUUGCUGUUGUUGACUUUCGGCCUAUUUUUCCCUCUUUUACUCCUAUUUUACCAGUUUCGCCUCUUCCAAAAAUGCCUACACAUGCUAAAGUUGAACAGGAAUGGACUUAGAAUCUUUAUGGAUGCAUUUCAAGGCUGCUACAAGGACGUGUUUGGAACCUUCAAUAUAUUCUGGAACAACAAAGAGCUCUACAUUACCCUUCAGUCACUUAUGAUUCUGUUUGCCUUGGUGACUGCUGUACUACGACCCUACAAGAAAGACCUCUACAACUUCAUGGACACCUUCUUCUUUUGCGCGCUAGGUAUCGCAUUUGGACUACAUGUGUAUGUGUUUGACACGGUGGAGACCGACUUCCAUGUCUCAAACAGUGCUGUGUACGCGGCCUAUGUCUUGGAGCUCAUACCCUUUGUCUACGUCAUGUGCUACAUGGGAGUGUGGGUUGGAAAACGAAUCGUCAAUCACAAGAGGUGCCGCUACGGUGCCCUCUACGCCCCAAUAGACAAUAGCAUCUCCUGGAGGUUCAACGACACUGAAGAGUUUACUUCACUAGUGCCGGAUGCUCAGACACACAAUACAUCUCCCACCGAAACGACUCUGUCACUGACAAGCACCCUACAGAGUAGGAGUGGGCGGCAAAGGAGAAGCACAGUGUCUACUUCUCUUGUAGACACGUCAUCUUAUGGUAGCAUUGAGGACUAGAUUCACAAUGUGUACUGUAUUGCAUAGCCUUUAGGUUAUCACCUGUCAUUUGCUUUUCGUGAAAAGAAUGUAGUAUAU